UGAUAAGAACAAAGAUGAUUUAAAAGUUGCUAGAAUGCUCAACAUCCUUACAAAGGCAAGGCCAUCCCAAAAUGUACGAGACAUGUACCGCUACAGAUGUGGUUAUGGUCCUUGUGUAGUUUUUCAGAAAGAUGCCUUAUUUCAAGAUGAAAGCUACGAAAGCCACUAUCCUGCCUUCCAACAGCUAAUGGGAGAUCUUGAAGUACAGAGGAAUGGUAAUUUUGAAUUACAGCAAGAACGAAUCCAAUCUAGCGAGUACCUACUUCUCCCUGGUGACAUUGCUGCAAUCAACCCUGGUAGUAACAACGGUAUUCCUUCAGCAGAUAAAUGGUGGUUGCUACAGGUCAACAAAGCUCACCCUGCUGAUAGAACUGCAAGUGGAUAUCAUGUUUUUGGAUUUUGGCUGAAUGAAGAACCAGCAACGAAUGAUAACUCAGUAGAAGGGAGAAACUUCCACCUGCUAACUCCAUCAGUGAAAGUUUACUAUGGCAGCAUCAUUAAAGAUAUAGAAAACAAGCUACCAGUGGUGGUGCCAGUUGAGCAACUAAAU